AUGAAUGGAAAUGUUUCCGAAUGGUAUAACGAAUGCGACAAUGCCAUUAGAAGGUCAGAAAUAGUUCCUGGAACUUACGAAUAUACAACUGCUGUUUCUUAUGGAAACGUAGGUGAGUUUGGAGAAGGUUCUUCAACAACAGUAGAUAUUGCUUGCGACAGGUUUCAUAUUAUUUCUAUUGACAACUCUUUCUUAUACGUGGAACAAGACAUUGAAAUAAAACCUUCUGCCAAGUUGUCUGACAAGAAAGGUUGCAAUGGAAUUUUCUAUGUCGGAUACCAAUAUACUCCAGAAGUUUUUAUGGGAUAUAAGAUAUAUUCUAACUCUGACUUAGUUCAAACAGUAACAUGGGCAAACUAUGAAUGGUUCGCUUUGAGAAACUCAGUACAACCACAAGCUAGAGAACAAACAGACCAGUAUGCAACUAUUGAGAAAAUAAGAAGACUUGACCCUAACGUUCCAGGAGUUUAUGUUAACCUUUCUGGACAAACUGCAGCAGCAGUAACCAAAGUAAAAUUGAAACUUAGAGUUCCUUUGUCAUCUUUCCUCAUCUUCGGGUUUUUAAGAUACUUGCCAAACUGGGCAGGAAAAAUUUCUAUCGAACUUACUCCAAGCAAAAAUAACUUAGUCAUUGCACCAACACAAGACCCAUUCACUCUUACAGACGUAAAGGGAGCAAAUCAAACGUCAUUCGCCGAAUUUUGCAAAGACAAAGUUGACUUAGACUUUGGUUUCUCAAACCUCAACACUGAAGUAAACUACUACUUCAAUGCUGCUGGAACUGCUUGGGACCCAGUUAAGUUCACAUGCGAAAAAUUUGAAUGCAAGAGAAUAGAAAGCAGACUUGCA